CUCAUUCUGUCAUUUGCUGCUUACAUUGGCUUGAUUGAAAAAUACCCAUACAGCCAUUUGUUUAGUUUCCAAUAUGCCAAAAACGUGUCUCUGUUUGACAUCCAAAACAAUGUUCAAGAAGUGGUAGCUACCAAUCCAAAGACAUUAGAGCUUCCAGAUACAAGAGUGGGACCAGGCAGCUCCUCACAACAGAAAGAUCCUGUGAAGAAACCAGCAAACUACAAUGCCCAUGAGAGGCUUACGGAGUUCCAAGGUGCAUCAGCAUCACUUCAAAAGCAAAACAGGAGUAGGCUUGUCAUAGUGGAAACUGGUCAAAAAUCAGCCGAGAAGAAAGAAAGGCCUUCAUUAAACAAAACUCAUGCGAGUAAGGAGAUACCAGGAGCAAGCCAAACCCUUGCCAAAACUUUGGUUGAAACACGAUCAUUUAUAGAUGAGAAGAAUCAUUCAUCACCAGCCUCCAACAAAAAGGAAGAAACAAAUAAAGAUAUGGCACCAGGAAAUGAAGAAAAGGAGAAAGCAAAGGCUAAACGAGUGACACCAGUACCCCCAAGACAGCAGACUGCAGGAAAAGCAGCCAAACAGCAGCAGUUCCUUGGUAAAAAUGCCACACUGCCCUCUAGAGCAAAUCAAAUUCACCUGAGAAACCAGUCCAACAACACAAACCUAAUUAAAGAACACUCUGCCAAGGCACCUGAUGUUCAACAUGUCACACAUCCGGCUCCUUUACCAACAACCCCUAAAAGAUUAAAAGCAGCUGACUUUAAAUCUGAGCCCCGUUGGGAGUUUGAUGACAUUUACCUCUUGGAUAAUUCAACACCGCGGUCGACCUGUCCAGAUUCUCUGAGGAACAAGGCUGCCAAAUCUGAUUGGUUACAUGACAUUUUCCUACCCAACAUCACAAUCUUCAUGGACAGGAGUCACUUCAGUGACAGUGAAUGGAAGCGUAUGGACCAUUUUGCUCCACCGUUUGGCUUCAUGGAGCUAAACUACUCAUUGGUAAAAGAAGUGAUAUCCAUGCUUCCUUCUAAACCCUACCAUCACAUUCUCUUUCCACACAACAACAGUCAGACCUCCAAGUGCAUCACUUGUGCAGUAGUAGGAAAUGGAGGGAUACUGAAUAAUUCCAGAAUGGGCAAGGAAAUCGACUCUCAUGAUUAUGUGUUCCGAGUGAGCGGAGCUGUGAUCAAGGGUUAUGAAAAAGAUGUGGGAACAAGAACUUCUUUCUAUGGAUUCACAUCCUACUCCUUAAUGACUUCAAUUAUGAUUCUGGGGAAUCGUGGGUUCAAGAAGAUCCCUGCAGGAAAAGUAAGGCAGAUAUCCUUAUAUCUCUCCUCCGCCUAGUUGAACAGUAGUUGUGAGAGCAACGUAGAUUAAAAAUCCGUAACUUUCCUCCACAAGCCAACUCUGCUUUAUCCGUCUUUCACCCAAGGCCAGCAGAGAGUGCCCAGCCCUAUCUCUUAUGCCGCUGUGGCACACCAUCUGCUGCGCCCCUUCCCAGUGUAUCUGUGGCAUGUUUCCUAGGAGAUCAAGUAUCUACACUUCCUGGAAGGAGCAAGAGAUUAUGAAUGGCUGAAAGCUCUUCUUCAGAACAUCAAUGUCAGGAAGGGAUUU